AAAAUGGUGCCCUGGCUUAGACUAAGAAAAGAUAGAAAUAUAUCUAAAUUCACAAGAUUAUCUCCCAAAAUUCUUAUGAUUGUGAUCAUUGUAGUCUGAAAUAGCUAUGCAAUGAGGAAUUUCCACCUUGGCCCACCCGAGAAUAGGCUUGAUUUAGUAAACAGAGGAGGCACCUCUCAUUACACAGGGCGUUUACAGAUCAAAGCAAUGGCUCAUAAUCAUAUUGGGAUCAAGAACUCUCAUAUCUUAACUCUACUGACAGCUGCAUUAACUAUCUGAUUGUUCAUUUUCCUAAUGCUAAAAUGUGUUGAAAUGAGUAACUAUGCUAGAGUUGAAUUGAAAAAGUCCCGUAAACAUGAGAGAAUUAGGAAGGCUAAUAGAAUUAAUGAGAAAUUAUGUCAACUUGGAAUCUACAGGCCUGUCAACCAGAGAUAAGCCUCAAUUAUA